AUGGGCUUAGACGAUGAAGAUUUGGAGAGGGCUGGCACCCGCUCAAGGAGACAACUCACCAGUUCGAAAAAGUAUUCAGUAUAUCCACCGCCACUUGAGCAAGACGCCGAUCAGCAAGAAAUCACCAUUAUAGACGGACAGAACUAUCCACUCAGAAAAUCUAAUAACUAUUUAUCGCACCUCGUGAAGAGCAAAUUAGGAGCUUUCACAUUAACUUGCUGCGUAUGUAUCUUCUUAUUUGUUGGCUUUUAUCAAUAUCCAUCCAUACACCUACCAUCAAGGAAAACCGCGAGUAGCCUCUUUGAGGAGAAAACAGAGUUCAACGACUCUUCACAAUAUACAGACUAUGCGCUACUUGACAGGUUAUUAAUAGAUAAAAAAGCUGGCCCUAUUGCAACAUCCUCAUCCCGCUUCGACAAUUAUUUCAAUGUGAAUUACCCAGGCGAAAACUCGUUUGUCAAUCUGCUUUCGAAAGGAUCAGCGAUAGGACACACGUUUGACGAGCUUCGUCGACUCACCAACAGCGUAUCAUUACCUGCUGUAUACGCAGGCAAGAAUCGUCGCGUACCAGUUACAGUCAUUGUCCAUACGACAACAGUGACACAACUAUAUAUCCAAGUGCAAGCGAUACUCACUCAGACAGCCUUACCAGAACACAUCUGGAUUAUUUGUGAUACAGCAUCAAAGCAAGAAGUAGAGGCACGCAUCAUGACAUUGGACCGCAGAAGAGUCAAAGUGAUGGCUAGAGACGACAACACCAGUUUAUGGCUCCAAACAGCAGCUCAUGUGGCUACUGAGUUUGUGUGGAUUAUAGACCAAGAUAUUGCCCCUGGAAAACGCUAUCUGGAGAAUCUACUGAAGCUGUCGUUCACAUCACAAUACAAAUCAGCACUACUAGGAACAGAAGGAGCAGUGUUGAAUAUGGCCUCUAAAGACAAGAUAGAAUGUAUUCCAGAUACGAUGAGCUCGGGAAGCAGACAGAUGAGGAGUCAGGCUGUGGAUAUGAUCAACGACAGUUGGUUGUUACAUCGAUCCUGGAUAUCGUAUCUGAUGGACGCCAUGGAGAAGGAAGAGAUUGCAGCUGCAGAGCCUUUGUUGGGACUAUUCAUCAGUCGUACUCUGUACAUGACAGCAGGCAUACCAUCUAUUGCUCUACCCAGCGAUCCGAUCGAGCGAGCUUAUUGGGGAGACGUGAGAUUACAGCGUACGCAGAGAUCAGAGACAUGCAAAGCCUUGGAAGCGGUGGCCCACGAUAAACAGAUGCAACCUGUGCUGUACCAAGAUAUGCUCUACAGAGGACAACCAUCAUCCUCUCCCGAUAUUGUCGCAGAGCCAAUUCUGUUUUACAUUGAUUCCAAGGACGAUUUUGAACAUUUAGCACCGUUGAUAUGUCGAUUUGAAGCCAAAGAGGAAAUAGAUUUGCAUAUUGUGACCAGCGGCAAUUUGAGAGGAUUAUCAGAUCAGCAGAUAAAGAGCUCACUCCCUUCUUUGUGUGGUUAUGAUGAUUUUCCUACCCGAGUGAUAGUGCAUGAUCUCAGCAUAUUGCAUGAGUCUACGGACUGGAGUUUGGUAAAUGAUGUGUUGCAUCGCUUGACUCGUAUCUUGACGGUGAUUCGACCGGUGGUAAUGAUUCAUACGCUCCAAGACGAAGCAUCCAUCAGCAUUGAAACAGCCAGCAGGAUUGUCCAGGUUCCAAGCAUUUAUUUGCCAGCAAAAGAUAUUGCUCAUGUUACCUGGAUGACAGAAUUAUCACUGGACACACUCUCAAAAUGGGAUGCAUUCAACAUCAAAAUCAUGAUAACUACAGACAAGAAGCCACAUGCACUAGCACGACUAUUGAAUUCAGCGACCAAUGCACACUAUCUAGGAGACAAGGUUGAUUUGACGAUUCUCAUGGAUCAGACAACUGAUCAAGUAACACAAGCAUUAGCAAAUAAUUACAACUGGAAGAAAGGGGUAAAGAGCGUCCGUCAUCGCAUUGCAACAACGCCCAAAUCGCCCAUCUUUGUGGAAUCAUGGUAUCCGGCAAGUAAUGAUGAAUAUGCCAUUAUCUUGAAUAACGAUAUUGAACUCUCGCCCAUGUUCUAUAUCUGGGCAAAAUAUGCCAUUUUGCAGUAUCGCUACGCAUCAUUUUCGGACCAACUGUUUGGCAUCAGUCUGUAUUCACCACAAAUACUGGAGACAGACCCCUCUGGCAGACGACUGUUCAAUUCAAGCGACACUGUGCAAGACGAUGCUUAUAUGAUGCAAUUGCCCAGCUAUUCAGGUGCUGUUUACUUUCCAGAGCAUUGGAGGGAAUUUCAUGAUUACAUCACAGCAAGAAUGGCAGACAUUAAUGGCUUUGAAAUGCAAGAUGUCAUUGUUCCCAACCUCGUAUCAAGUGAAUGGGAGAGGUCAUGGAGAAAAUACUUUGAAGAGUUAAUCUAUUUGCGAUCGUAUGUCAUGUUAUACCCAACACACAGCUUCUCCACCGUGCAUUUGGAACUGAAAAAGAAGGCGCUGAGAGAGCAGUUUAAAGAUGCGAUUUCUCUCUACACUGUGCCAUUGUACAAGCAAGACUUUGGCUUGACAUUGCCGCCAUUGGAUCAACUUGCUCUGUUUGAUCUAUGGGGAGUACCAACCAAUAUGGACGAACUCAAAGAACGCGGACUGACAUUGCGAGCAGAGAUAUCGUCAUGCAGCUUGAUAGAUCAACAGUAUGAUCCAACGGACUUGCUGUGUCCCUUUGCCCGACUAGUGAGUGUAUCAGUGGAAAACGAGGAUGAUCCUUUACCUGAACUUCCAACUAAGGAAAUAUCUGUUUAUACUUGA